UGAGGCUCUCAACACCAUCAUUAAAAUUGCCUUUGGCGAACAAAGUAUCCUCUGACAAGGAUACAGCGAAAUGAGAGGAUCAGUGCCACUUAUUUUAGCCUCGAUCCUGGUGAUAAGUUGCCGCUCAUACUCCAAUUCAAGUGCUAAAUAUUGCGAGAAUGACACAUGCGAAUCAAUGGACGGACCAUGCUUCAUUCCACGCCAGAAGGGAAUAUUAACUCGUCUGGAGGGAGUCAGAGUAGGUUGUUCCUCUUUUUAAGGGGAAGGGGGGAUAUAAAUAUAAUUUCAUGAUCAAACGAGUAUCCAAAUGGUGGGGCAAAUGAAAUUGCUGUCAUAUGCCAUUUUGUCUGAAAAAUUUAAAUUUAUUUUGAACCCAGUACUGAGUACAUUGUUUAGUUUCUUUCUUGUUUAUUGUUUUACGCGUGAGGUAACAGCCGGUCAGAUAUCAAAUGAGUCAUUUUUCUUGUAGAUAUAAAACUUUUGUGGCCUCAAAAUUUGUCUUAUAAUUUGGAUGGGUUACCAAACAGGGAGAAUAAAAUCUAGAACAGAUAUAAUGAAUAUGUUUGAACUAUUGGGAGUAUCAAUGCUACUUUGAAUAGGGUAACCUAAGGCUGGUACCAGCAAAACUGGAAGGGCGCUGGCAUGCAUGAGCUUCACUGACAUUAGCAACCACUGGCUCACUUGGUUUGUAGACAGGACACUGGUGAACGAUCAACAUGUCCAACUUCUAUUGUAAAACAACGAUGGACGAGAAGCUAAACACCCUUGCAUGUAGUAGAACGUAACCAAGAACACCCCGGAACCCGUCAAACGCAUAAACGGCAAACGUCAAGUAAAUGUAGCAUUUUACAAAUCGGGGUUUCUCUCUGACAGGCGUUGCGGGUACUUCCGGUUUUUUUUUCGGAAUGAUCCAGGGUGUUCCGGUGCAGUCAGAGUCUUGGCCCUAAUGCCAAACGCUCCAGACCUUCUUUAACUUCCAGCUCAUUUAGAGUUUCUUUUAGUUGACAUCGUGAAUUAAAUUAGAAACUGCUUGAUUGGAAUUAAUAACUUUCCCUCGGAAAAAAAUUUGGACGAACUUCUUUAGGACCGUUGGUACAAAAAGUUCUAUUCUAAUACUAGAUUCUGUAAAAAAAGACUUUUGGACGUACAUGUACAGCACUUCUUUUGUAUCUAUGACGUUUCGCCGCGGUCAGUUUUAAGAUCGCAUUUCAAUCUUUGAAAAAUUAAGGUACGUGAAUAAUCAACAGGCCGCUUUUCACUGUACUGUUUGGAUGUAUUCUUAACCAUCUUGAACCAACUUAGGCUAGCCUUGUAAUUCGUCAGUGUAUAACAAAUGAGGGCAAACAGACGGAUCAUCUGUCCAAACGGAAUCAGGUGCUCAAGUCGUCUUGAAUCAGAUUCUUCUCCGGAACGGAUGAUCCAUACUUAUGGGUCUCAAUGGGGUGGUAGCUCCGACGGCUGACGGUUAACUUUUAGAGCUUUUGACGGUUGACGGUUUUUAAGUGGAAAUUUACUACAAGAGUUUUAGUAAAGAUUAUUUUCUAUAUAUGUUUAUAUUAACUAGUGUGUUUUGGAGGUUGACUUGGCCUUUCACUUAUAAAAUUUGGAAACAAUUUCAGAUAUAAUGGCACAAGGUCUUGAAAUGUCUAGAAGGAGUCGGUUUUUGAGAACUGACAUAGGAACUGGUUUUCUAGUUUCACUCUAGAGAUUCAGUCUUCAGGAGCCAGAAGUCCAUGAAAAUCAGCAGAAAUACUUUAAAAAAAGCAAGAUUUGAAACGUCUUAUUGAAACUUUUUGAUCGUUAAUAUCAAUCUGCAUUUUUGACGGUUGACGGUAUAUAUGUGUAAAAAAAAAUUACCGUUUUUGACGGUUGACGGCUAAAUUUUAGGCCGUUUGAGAGCUGGCGGUUAACCCCGUUGAGACCCUCAUACAGCAUAUAUCCAGCCAAUGAGAAUUUUGUAAAUAGAAUCAACCGAGGUAUAGACUAAGCAAAAUUCGCAAUAAAAUAUCAAUAGAUAUUCAGUGUUAAUUUAUGCCAGUAGCUUCGACAUCUGAAAAUAUUUUGCGCACAGCCAUGUGAUGUUCUUUUUCCUUUUCAGGUUGGUCACAGCCAGGAAGUGACACUAGGGGAGGAUGGAAAAUAUGACGUCAUAACUCGAGCUAUGAAGCCCUUAUUGUUUGGUUAGUGAAAAGUACCAUAUUUGCUUCAACCACCAGACUUCUGGCCUGCCUACACAUUAGGGACAGACCAUUAGAAAAGUUCUGGGGGCGGGGAAGGGGGGAUUUUCAAGCCGUAUGAAUUUUUUUGGCGUCAACUUUUUCCUUCUAUGAAUUUUUAAGGCCAAUGCAUUAAUAUUGUUAGUGGUCUUGACUUGGUGUGCAUGAUUUUUUGUUUUAUUUAAUUUUCCCUUGCGCGGAUAUGUUUUUGUACUUCGUCCCCUCCUUAAAUUUUCUAAUGGUCAGUCAAUUAUUGGUCUUUUAGCAUUCAUACGCUCUGUACAUUCUUAUAUACUUAAUAAUGGGCCAUUUGCAGCUAAACCGUCACAUGGUGUACAAAAACCUCGCAUGGACUCAAACAACGCUUGAGACGUUGAAAGAAUUUUUACGUUAUGGAACUCUUUUGGUUUUCUUGCCCCACGUCCGUUUCUUCACUUGUGUGUUAUUUUUUUUCUUAGAAAUUCCCAAUUUCCUAUCUGAGGACGAAUGUGACUAUAUCAUAACACUGGCCAGUGAGAACGAGCUGAUGAAUAGUGUUGCAAAAGGAGGGCUCACAGAGGCUGAUAACUGGAAAUUUGAUCCAUACAGUGAGUAAUGGCACGGCUUCAUGAAUCUUAUAUUAAGAAAUUAGAGAGUGAAACAAUGUACAGUAUGAGAAAACUGUUUUCUCAAGGUGAACAGCUAGAAAACUGGUAGAAAUCACAGUAUAGCAAGACAUGUUCGACCGGCAACCUGUUGUUCUGCCCAGAAACAAAAUCAAAAAACUUCGGUAGCACCACUUUUCCUAAAGAAACUCUCUUGAAAUGAAAGAGAGAGAGAGGGGAGGGGUGUAGAUGACAGUCCCAAUUAAAGAUUUGCCUGUAACUUUUACCAGGGAAGCUGAAAUUGGGAGACUUCGUGGAACACGAUUCAGUAUGAACGAGGACCUCUCGGGUAUCAACCAGUGCGGCAAGACCACGUGAAACACUGCUAUGCAACUUAGGCCUGGCCAAACCUCGACCUUUCAUGAGACGAACGAAACUUACCAAGUUACUCAUCACAGGUUCGACCUUUGGCUCAGUUUAGUUCUAUCCGUCCAACGUUUGACCCAGCAGACGAUCUUAACUUAAUUUAGGUCGACCAAAUAAAAUUAGGGUUUGGUUCGCCUCAUUUUUGGUCUAGGCCCUAGUGAAGGGACACUCACUACAAAAGCAGCAGCUAAGGUCGAGGCCAAACGUCAAACCUUUCCUGAGACGUACCAAACUCUAACGUGGGUCGACCUAAAUUAAGUUAAGAUCCUCUGUUGGGUCAGACGUCGAACUUAAGACGCGUUGAACCGGAAUUAACUGAAUCUGACCCGAGUCGGCCAGCGGGUGUUCAAUAAUCAAUUUUCUCCCGAACGAGACUAAAUAUACAAAUUUUAAAUUUAUUGGUUUAGUUCCCCGCAUGUGAAGAUUAGAAGUUUGUCCCGGAGACGAUCAUUGGACGUUCUAUCCGUCUGCUUCAGACGGAUAGUUAACAAAUCGACCACAAUUUUCCGUGGUCUACGCUCUUAUAGACCAUAGAUAUGACGCCAUAAAAUGUUCAAAACUCAAGUGGAUCCACAAGCCGCAGGCGAGUGUUUUCACUACAUAAGUUUGGUUCGUCUCAUGAAAAGUUCCACGUUUGGCCUAGCCGAGACCAAUUUGAUUGUUCGUUGAAGUCAGGCUUUCCUUAGUGACUGACUUUUAUUUAUUUGAACAUUUUUGAUUAGUAAUUCUUACGAGCAACGCAUUCUUUAAGAUGAAGAACAUUCAAUCAAUUAAAUGUGCGUUUCAGUUCAAGGCAAAGCAAAUGGACCCAGAGGACUGUAUAAAAACUGGGACUUUGAUCUAGACGGGAAAAUUACUAUAGAGGAGGUGAGGCUAUAG